AUGUCUGUUAGGAGGGCUAGCCACAAGAACAGCUGGUAUUCCGGCAAUAGGGACGAAUUGGAGCAACAACUUUCUGGUUGGCUUUCGAAUGCUUCUUACGCUCAGGGUCCGGCAAGAGCAAUAAUAACUCCUCAUGCUGGUUAUUUCUACUCUGGAGAAUGCGCUUCUUAUGCUUACAAGCAAAUAAACCCAGCUCUAGUAAAACGGAUUUUUGUUCUGGGUCCUUCUCACAAUUUCUACUUGGACAAUUGCGCUAUCUCCGAUGCAGAUAUUUUUGAAACACCUUUUUACGAUAUGCAUAUUGACGCUGAUGUUCGAAAAGGAUUGUUGGCCUCAAAUAUGUUUAUGAAUCUUGAUAUUGGACGAGAUGAAGAUGAACAUUCAUUGGAAAUGCAGUAUCCAUAUCUCGCAAAAGUUAUGGAGUCACGGGCUAAUGACUUUACUAUCAUCCCCAUUGUGGUGGGCAAUUUGUCUUUCUCCAACGAAAAAGCCUACGGCGAAUUGUUGGCGCCUUAUCUUGCUGAUCCCUCUAACCUCUUUGUCAUUUCAUCCGAUUUCUGCCAUUGGGGUAGCCGCUUCAGAUACACAUACUAUGAUAAAACCGCUGGCGAAAUAUGGGAAUCAAUAAAAGAUCUCGAUCAUAAAGGCAUGGAGCUGAUUGAACGUUUGGAUGCAAAGGGCUUUAACGAUUACCUGCGCGAAUACGGCAACACAAUUUGCGGACGCCAUCCAAUUGGAGUACUCCUUCAAGCAAUAAAUGCUUUACAGAAGAGCAACAGUCGCUUGAAUCCUAGCCUCAAAUUUGUGCAGUAUGCCCAAUCAAGCAAGUGUCGCAAUGUGCACGAUUCUUCGGUGAGCUAUGCUGCUGCUUCUUUGGUCUUUAAUUAG